AUGUGCCGCGACAUCACUCUCAAUUUCACCUGCACAGCCUCACACCCGACGCACCAGAUGAGCUUCACCCAACCUUGCCCAAAGGCCAAACCGUCCAAAGCCUCCUCUUCCUCCCCAGACUCCUCGGGCUCGGGGUCAGGAUUCGGUCUGUCCCUUACACGUAGCAUCUCACGUGCCCUCGAGCCGAAACCGGACCCGGCGGUGCUCAGAGCUUAUACAGUGACGGCAAACAGGCCGUGUGAAGCGUGCGCCGAGGGCGGCAGCAAAGUCGGCGAGCCGCCGAGCUUGAAGAAUCUCGGUGGGAAUCUGGGUGAUAGACAUACGUUGAGCGUAGAGGAAGGGGCGGAGGAGUGUGCUCAAUUGGGCGCAUGGGUUCAGAGGUUGUGA